AACUCCAGACUGUGUGACAAGGAAGGGACACUUUGUACUACGCCACGGUAUACAUGCAGGCUCCAUAAGGGCUCUGCACCACACUCCAUCCCAUCCUGAGCCGCUAAGACUUGACACAAUGACUUUUCUAAAGGGAAGCUCCUGGACUUGUCCCUUUAGGCUCUUGUGCUGUGUGGCACUGGUGGCAUUGUGUAGCUGUAAGACCAUGAGAUACAGGACUUAUGAAGAGGAUGACCCUGGCACAGUCAUAGGCACUUUAGCUGAAGAUCUGCACCUGAAGCUCCCAGGGGAGGGAAGUUUCCGAUUGAUGAAACAGUUUAAUAGUUCUCUGAUCCGAGUGAGAGAAAGCGAUGGGCAGCUGAGCAUUGGAGAGAGGAUAGACCGGGAGCACAUCUGCAAACAGUCCCCCAAUUGUAUCCUGGCACUGGACGUGGUCAGCUUCUCCAAGGAGCAAUUCAAGCUGGUCCAUGUAGAGGUGGAGGUGAGAGACAUCAAUGAUAACAGCCCCCAUUUCCCCAGCCAGGAGAUCCCUGUGGAUGUGUCAGAAAGCGCAACGGUGGGGACCAGGAUCCCUCUGGAGAUAGCCAUGGAUGAAGAUGUAGGGACCAACUCCAUCCAGACCUUCCAGAUCUCAGUCAACAGCCACUUCAGCAUUGAUGUCCAGACCAGGGCUGAUGGGGUGAAGUAUGCAGACUUGGUCCUGAUGAAGGAACUGGACAGGGAAACGCAGUCUGCCUACACCUUGGAGCUUGUGGCCAUGGAUGGAGGGAACCCGUCGCGUUCUGGCAGUGCAGUGGUUAAUGUCCGGGUGCUGGACUUUAAUGACAACAGCCCGGUGUUUGAGAGGAGCGCUGUCACCGUGGACAUGAUGGAAGACGCUCCUGUGGGAUACCUGCUGCUGGACCUCAAUGCUGCUGACCCUGAUGAAGGCGCUAAUGGAGAGAUCGUCUAUGGCUUCAGUCCUCAGGUGUCCCCCGAGGUACGUCAACUCUUUAAAAUCGACCCCAAAUCUGGACGACUCACCCUUGAAGGUCAGGUUGACUUUGAGACUAAGCAGACCUAUGAGUUUGAUGUGCAGGCUCAGGACUUGGGUCCCAACCCUUUAUCUGCUACCUGUAAAGUCAUCGUGCAUGUGAUCGAUGUCAAUGACAAUGCCCCUGCCAUCACCAUCACCCCCCUGACCUCGAUCAGUGCUGGAGUAGCCUAUAUCACCGAGGCUGCAGCUAAGGACAGCUUUGUAGCGCUGAUCAGCACCACGGACAGGGACUCGGGAGCUAACGGCCAGGUGCACUGUACUCUCUAUGGACACGAACACUUCAAGUUACAGCAAGCCUAUGAGGAUAGCUUUAUGAUCGUCACCACCUCUCCUCUAGAUCGGGAGAAGAUCGCCGAGUACAACCUGACCGUGGUCGCCGAGGAUCUGGGAUCUCCUCCCUUUAAAACCGUUAAACAAUACACGAUCCGGGUGAGCGAUGAGAACGACAAUGCCCCCGUCUUCGCCAAGCCUGUCUAUGAAGUGUCCGUCAUGGAGAACAAUGCCCCCGGAGCCUACAUCACCACCGUGGUGGCACGGGACCCCGAUCUUGGUCACAAUGGUAAAGUCACCUACAGACUGGCCGAUUUAGAAAUUAUGGGAUCCCCGAUCUCCACCUAUGUGUCUCUAGAUCCGGCCACCGGGGCUGUCUACGCCCUGAGAACCUUCAACUAUGAGAUCCUAAAGCAGCUGGACCUCAGGAUCCAGGCGAGCGAUGGAGGAUCUCCCCAGCUUACCAGCAGCGCCAUCAUCAAGGUCAGGAUAGUGGAUCAAAACGACAAUGCCCCUGUGGUCGUCAGUCCUGUGCUGUCCAAUGGGUCUGCAGAGGUGAUCAUCCCAGCCAGAGCCCCCCAUGGCUUUCUGGUCACUCAUGUGAAAGCCAGGGAUGCAGAUGAAGGGGUUAAUGCUGAGCUCACUUUCAGCCUCUCAGAAGAAGGGAGAAGCCUGUUUACAGUCAACAAGCUUACAGGAGAGGUCUUCCUCACUGCAGAUGUCAGCGAUGACUUGGGCCAGGUGUUUAGGACCACCAUCACAGUGACUGACAAUGGGAGACCACCUCUGGCCAGCACUGCCACUCUCAGUUUCUUGGUCACUUCUGCCACUCCUCCAAUUAAUCAUGAAGUCAUGCAGCCAAGUUCCCUGGAGGAGAAAGUUUCCCACUGGGACAUUCCCUUGAUUGUGAUCAUUGUCCUUGCUGGCAGUUGCACUCUUCUCUUAGCUGCCAUCAUCACCAUUGCUACUACAUGCAACAAACGCAGGAAGGAGAACAAGGCUGGCAACAAGACUGAAAGGGACAUAUCUGAGUUAGAAAAAGCAGACCAAGAUGAGGAGCUUAUUGAUAAUCAGAAAGCCAAUCUCUUUGAUGCCAGACCUUUUGCCAAUGCCACCCCCUUCACUGGAACAGAAGCAGCAGUCACUCCAGAAGUGGCCAGCACUGAAGACACCUUUGGGACAUGUCUGUAUGACACCCAGAAGAGGCUGAGGACCACUAACAGUGAGAAUUAUGCCUCAGCUCCUCCAACCUUCGGGAAGGAGACAGGACCCACAGUGACAGUGUGGAAGGGACAUUCAUUCAAUACCAUAUCCAUCCGAGAAGCAGAGAAAUUCAGUGGAAAGGACAGUGGCAAGGGGGACAGUGACUUCAAUGACAGCGACUCUGAUAUCAGUGCUGACGCUCUGAAGAAAGAUCUCAUUAACCAUAUGCAGACUGGACUCUGGGCCUGUACAACUGAGUGCAAGAUCCUAGGCCAUUCUGACCGCUGUUGGAGUCCUUCGUGUGGCAGACCACCCAACGUUCAUCCGCCACCAGUACACACAGGGCAGCUCUCAGUUUCCAGCUUUUGUAAAAGCACCUCUUUACCACGUGACCCUUUGCACAGAGAUAACUAUUACCAAUCAUCUCCAGCUCAGACACACCUCCAAAAAGUGGGGGGUCUACAGAAUGUCAAAGUGCCACCCAAAGACUAUGAAAGCAGGACAAUAACAAUAUCAAGAUCGGGUAGACUUCCUGAUCUCCAAGAAAUCACCAUGCCAAUUUUUAAGUCCCCUGGCACCACCAGAUUUGUGCCACCACAUGACACUACCUGCGAGCAGGAUGAACUUUAGUCAAAAACAGUUUGACUCCUUUUACCAGUUUUGGAGAACCGCAAUCUGUGUAAAUGAGACUGCAUAACUCUAAGAGUUUUAAGUUAUUGACCAUUGUUAAAUGAUAUAUAUUCUUUAUUUAGGUACAAGAAGUCUUACAGCACUUUCUUUGCCAUAGUUCAAAAUAUGUCUAUUGGAUUAUUUAUUACAAAGUCUUCCAGUGUCAUCAUAAUUAUUACAAAUUUUUAAAUAUCUUUUAUUGCAAAUUUUGAUCUUGUUACAUGAGUAACACAUUUAGGAUAGCGUCACAAAAUGAGGUCUGAAUCCUGUAUUCAUUGAAUAUUUUACAAUGAAAAUUACUAUACUGUUCCUCCAUUUACCUUGACUGUAAUUUGCAGUUAUGAUUAGGAGUAAUUCCCGCUACUAAUAUUGCAAGUCAGUAGUAUGUUAAAAAAUAAAUAAAAAGGUGCUCUUCCAACUAGCUAAUGACAAUAUGCAUCUGGGAUGAUUACCUAAAGACCCCUAUCUACUUCCAACAGUCAAUCUAUUCAGAUUUCCCUUUAGCCUUACUGGAUGUUUGACAACAAAACAAGGUUUUUAUAGUCAGAUACAUCUUUAUAGGUUAGUCACUCAGUGACUUACCUGAUCUCAUGCUUGAAAAGCCUUAAAAAAAAACAUCACAAAUGGCUCCUGAUACAAAUCUGUUUGAUGUUCCCUCAAGCAUGCCUCCUUCCGUAGACUUCUAGGUAGGAUUGUGUUUAUUAUGAAAAUUGGAUAUCCAUUUGGUAGUCAACCAAGAAACCUAUCUUAAAUGCAUUGGAAUCCCCCAGAUUUGAUUUUUUUUAGGAUAUACAGUAGCCCAAUUAAUAUAAAAUUUCUUUGGCUCCCAGCCAAAAAGCCCCAAAUUAUAAAAAUAUAAUAAUAAUCAUAUUUAUACCAUAUAAAAGUAUAUUCUAGUUAAAUAUUAUUUUCCAGUAUUCUUUUUUAAACUUGACAUAGAUACAAAGCAUACCUUCAAUAUUUAAGUGUACUUGUACCUGGAUAAAUAGUGAACAGUGUGUGUGUAUAUUUAUUUUACACAUGCACAUUUACCCUCACUCAAACAGUGGGAGGAAUCUAUCAAAAUUUGACUCUGGCGCUGUACAGAACAAUUCAACCAAACAAAUAAACAUUUUUAAACUUUCAAACAUUUUUAGAUGUUUUUAAUCUAAUAACUCGAGGCAGAUCCAGAGUAAUGCGUGAGAAAUCUUGAUAAUUUCCCCCCAAUGUGCCUUAAAUGAAAUAAUUGGUGGAACUGCAUUCCUGCCAGGUCAAUACCAUUUGAUAUUUGCAAACAAAUAUUGUUUGAUGUCUCUGUAAUUUUUAUGAAAUGUGCAGUAUUUAAUUUUUUACUGUGUUUUUGCUCUAAUCUCACACAUGGCUUGCCAUUUGGUAGUGAUGAAACAUAAAUACUGUGUACUUGUAAUAAGUUUGUAAAUAUUGGGAAAAUUUGUUCUAUUUUUAUAUUAAAAUGUUCAUAAAAAUAUUGCCAAAGGAACUAUGUGUAUGGAUACAACUUUAAACCUAAAGUCACUUGAAAUGUAUAUGUUACAAUGUACAUUUUUUUUGUUUUUUUACAAUCAUUGAAAAAAACCUGACUUGCAAAGUGUGACUUGUAGUUUAUGCACCAGUGGUCCAUAUAAAAUGUUAUUGCAUUUUUAAUUUUCCGCAAAUGAUGUCACCAUAAAACACACUAAUAAAGUAUUUGUGACUUCUGUGAAGCACUUCACUGAAAA